UGGAGAUAAAACACGUCAGUCUUCUCGUCAUGCUGGGUCACAGGGAUCUGCUGGAGCCAAUCCCGGCUCAUUACAGGUGAAAGGCAGGGGUCCACUCUGGACAGGUCUCAUGCUGGACAUAUAUACGGAAAAAAUGUAAUUAAAAGGAAUACAUUUUAUUUAGUGCACUCUUCCAAUUUGAACAAUCCUGUUUUGUGUGAUUUAUAUAGCAUAUGUUGUGUCUGCUAUCUUCUGUCUAUUUUCCAACUCCAAGUUUGUACUUUUAAAGGACGACAUAUCUUGGUGCAUUUUAAGGCAACUUGCAAAUUAAAUAGCAAAUUGAAUUAAUCAGUCAUGAUAAUCAUGAGCAGGUAAAAUGCGGAUGAUGUCUUUCAAAAUGAGACUGUGGGAGUUUUAUAGCAUCAUGUUAAAUCAAGAAAAAUAUAUUUUUUUUUAACUAAUAGUCAUAGGCAAACAAUCUGUUAACUUGCAUUUAAUGACUCAAAGUAAGGCAUUUUAUGCAGUGUUUUGUGCAGUGUUUGGCAGUCCAGAGGUCUUCAACAGAAAUGUUGCUUCGAAAAAAAAGACACUGGAUCAUAGACAGCUUCACUCUUGAUGAGGGUUAUUCAGGACCAUUCCCACACAUACUGGGUCGUAUUAAAGUUGAGAAAUCAUUAAGCCUGUUCAAAAUUCAUGGCCAAGGUGUUGAUGAGGAACCUAUGAACAUACUUGAAAUCAACGAAAAAACGGGAGAUAUAUCUGUCUUGGGCGCGGUGGACUACGAAAAACACAAGGUUUUGAAGUUGACAUUUCAGGCUUAUGAUAUGGUACAAGGUGACCUCGAUACGCAGCUGGGCAUUAUGAUCGACAUUAUAGACUCAAAUGACAACCCUCCAAAGUUUUCCAAAGAGAUCUAUCGUGUCUUUAUAGAGGAGUCUGCAUUACAAGGGACAGUCGUGGUUACAUUCACAGCAACGGAUGAUGACAGCAGCAAGGACAAUAAAGACUUUACCUUUCAUAUAAUCUCAGUCACUCCUACACAACAAGACUUGGAGUUCUACGUAAGCCAGAACUCAGGAGUUGGAACGCUUUCAUUUAAAGGAUGUCUGGACCAUGAGAAAGCAGAGCAGUACACUGUUAUAGUGGAGGCCAGAGACAAAGGGAAACCAAGCCCGCUGUCCAGCACCUGCAGCAUCAUAGUAAACAUAGACGAUGGAAACAACCACCCUCCUGUGAUCACGGAACAUGCAGGUCCAGGAAAGGUGGAAGAAGGACAAGAAAAUGUUCUGGUCUCACGCUUCAAGGUUACAGAUGAAGAUAAAAAAAAUACAAAGGCCUGGAAAACAACUUUUCAAAUCCUCGGGGACACAGACAAAAAUUUCCAAAUCACUACUGAUCCUGAGACAAACGAGGGACUGCUCUAUGUGGCUAAGCAACUGAACUAUGAGGAAGGUCCUGUGAAGAACCUGACCAUCUCUGCUGAAAAUGAGAUCCCUUAUUUUUCAUGCAAAGUGGUGGAACGUCGAGCCACCGGUUUGUGGAUAGUCAAGACUGGAGGAGAAGCACCACGUUCAUCCAGUUAUCGAAUGACAGUGGUUGUGGUGGAUGUCAAUGAGAGUCCAGUCUUUGACAAACGUAUCCAACAAGUUUCUGUGAAUGAGAAUGCCGAGUUGGGGAAAUAUCUGACCACAUUCACCGCCAAAGAUCCCGACAUCACCAGUGCAAAUACAAUUAAAUACAUAAAAGGAGAGGACCCGGCUGACUGGAUUACAGUGGAUCCCGAUACUGGAAAAAUACAUACAUUGAACGUCAUUGACCGAGAGUCAUCCUUUGUUAAAGAUGGUGUUUAUAUAAUCACAAUACAUGCUGUUGACGAUGGUAAACCACAGGAGACAGGCACGGCAACUCUCAGCAUCCAGAUCAGAGAUGAGAAUGACAACGCUCCAUACUUGGUUGUAACAACGUUUGACAUGUGUCAGUCAGAUGGACUCUCCCUGGUCAAUGUCACAGCUUCAGAUUUGGAUGAAGAGCCCAACAGUGGUCCUUUCACGUUCAAGCUCCUUGGAGAUGUUGAGGAUAAGUGGAGCAUUGACCCUGUACAAGGAUAUUCAGUCAACCUUGUGAAAAAAACUCAACUUCAUUCUGGAUACUACGAGCUGCAGCUUGAGGUGUCUGAUCUUCUGGGACAAAUGGCUGUCCACAACUUGUCAGUUACUGUGUGUGACUGCUUAGAUGCAUCCAGGCCAAAUUGUAGAAUUCGUAAAUCCACUGGGUCCACGGUAGGAGUGGGAGCACUGGGAGUAAUAUUUUUCUGUGUCCUACUAAUUCCAGCUUUGUUACUUUUUGCCUUGCUGCUCUCAACUAAGAAACAGCUUGGUUGUCCUAUCCCUGAUGACAAUAUGGGAAGUUUGAUGAACAGUAAUACAGAAAAUCCAGGAAUUGACUGCAUGGUGCCACUCAAACAAUUGAACAGCAAUGCAACUACAACAAUGCCUCCAGUUAAUGUACCAAUAACUGCACAAAUGCAACGUGGAUAUAGCGGGACAAGCUCAAGGUUCACACAAGAAUCAUGUCAAAUAGGAAAUCUGAGAGAGUCCAUGCGUCAGCAGUGGAGGAUGGGGGAAUCACCAGCCAUAGGAAUGAAACGCCAACAGGAAAACUCUCAUGAUGAGUCCAUGGAUCAGACGUGGAAGAUCAUGGCUGCAUCAUCAGCUAUGGGGAUCAGACACCAACAGAUAAUAUCUCAGUCCAUGACUCAGCAGCAGAAGAUGGCUGGAUCAUCGGUGAUGGAAAUGAGAGACCAGGAGGGAAACUCUUAUAAUGAGUCAAUGUGUCAGCAGUGGAGGAUGGGGGAAUCAUCAGCCAUAGGAAUGAAACGCCAACAGGAAAACUCUCAUGAUGAGUCCAUGGAUCAGACGUGGAAGAUUAUGGCCGCAUCAUCAGCUAUGGGGAUCAGACACCAACAGAUAAUAUCUCAGUACCCCCAAGUCCAUAAAACAUUGACGCUCAAGCUGCAGAAUCUUCGGGCACUGGAGCUGGGUGAUUAUGAGCCGCAAGUGUAUGCUGACGAGGGAGACUCGGCGCACAACUAUGAACUGGAUGACAUCUCCAUUCCCGACGUCUCUUUUGAUCUGGAUUCAAAUCUGGAUUAUAGGUUCAGUGCCCUUGCUUCAAUCUGCAUGCCCUCAUCAGUCAUCAGUUCAGACAACACAAAAACUCACAGUUGUAACUGUAAAGAGCAUACUGCUGAAGAGCUGAAUACAUCUUCACAAUUCACCUAUCAGGAAACACGGGGCUGGACAGUUAAGACAUGACCACCUUUUUUUUCUUUUUCUUUUAAACAAAAACUACUUUUGGAAGUCCAUGGUAAAAGUUCGGUCUCUGUUUUCCCUCAUAAGCAAACAAGCAAGGGUGAUGAAGAACAUAGAAAAGCAAAAAGUCUAACUUUUUAAAGACAGGAAACCUUGAAUUGGUUUAAGAGAUAAAAAAAAAAACAUGAAAUUCAAUGCAAUUCCAUUAAACAACAAGAAACUUCACUUUAUCGAAGCCACAGAGACUUCAUAAAGCUAUAAUGGCUGAGUAUACCUUAAAUACCUUAAACAGUUCAACUCUGCUCAAGUGAACCACUGAAAAUCUUUCAGAAAAAACAACAACUUGACAACGGUCCUGAGCACAAGAAAGUCAUGUAUGUGAGAUCCCAGGUGUUUUUUUUACUCUGAAAACUGCUUAUUGUGAGAACUUUUAACCAAGAAAUCUAAAUAAAAAAAUAUAUAUAUAAAUACUCUAAUGAUCUACUGUAACUGCUAAGGCCGCGUUUAGACUGCAGGCAAAUAUCCGAUUUUUAGCCCAUCCAGAUUGAAACUGGAUGACUCUUUUGAAGUCUGAACAGUCCCAAACCGCAUGAUAUCCGAUUUUUGCAAACCAGAUGGAAACCACCUCCGGGAGGUAGUUUCAUAUCUGAUCACUAUCGCAUUUGGGCGGAUGCGUGUCAGUCUGAACAGCUCCAAACACUCAGAUCGGAUAUGACUGUCCCAGACGCUCCAAACCACCCGCCCAUUUCCAGUUGUGGAGCUACUCAUCCUUACACAGAGAGCAUGUACAAUCUCUGAUGUCACGUCAAAAACUAUUAUUUGUAGUUUGAGUGUUGCAAAUUCACAUUACAAAUCAUGUUUUAAUAGCAGAAAAAAAGAUCGCAUUUCCACGUAGGUGCGGGUCGCCGCGUACCCUACGCCGUAGGCUCUGCGUUGGUGUAACGCAGAACCAUAAAUCUGCCUUCAGUCGCGCUGUGAGCCUGAACCUGCAGCCCGUCAGGCCCUCUCCUCCUAGGAGGAGAGGUUAUGGAGCGGGGCUGCCAGUUAUUCAUUGCUGGUUCGUUUUGUUAACUCUGAGAUUUGUUGGUUGGUUUGUUAGUUUGCUGGUGGUUUUGUUCUGAACACCUUUCUCUGUUUCUCAUUUUGCUGGGACGCCGGGUCCCUCCGCCGAUCACACAACUUUUGCUGUAUGCGUUCAUUGUUAUGUCUAAAAAUGAUGCGCAGUGCCGACCCAAUCAGAAACGGUACAGAUAUUUUGGGAUUUUUUAUAUAUAUAAAAGAAAUACAUGACUUCACACAAUACACGCGCUGGGUGACGCCUCCGCUCCGACGUCGUUGCUAUGGCAACCCGUCAGAUCAGUCAACAUGUGGCCCAGUCUGAACAGAGCCAGAUCCGAUAUGGACACUUGCUAAAAACAGUGUGGACAGUCAGCCCUGAAAAUCGGAUAUGAGAAGGAAUCAGAUAUAUAUCAGAUUUGCCUGCAGUCUGAACGCGGCCUAAGAAGAUCUUUUCUUUUCUUUGGAAUAUCUGAACAUUAACUUGCCCAUAAGUUUUUCUUGUACUGUUUGAAUCAUCGUUGGUGUUAGAUAGUAAAGCACAACUUGAAUGUCAAGCACAACUAUGUGUCAAUAUGAAAUGAUUGUGUAAAAAAAAUGUUUCCUUAUGCAUGUUUUUGAUACAGUUUUUUUUUUCUCUGUCUGUGUGAAAGAUUGUUGGUGUGUCUGGCACGCGAUGCUCUUCAUGAAAGCAUUUUGAUUGAAAGGAUUUGAAAUGUUGCCAUACAACAUCCCUCUAAAUCCAUUCAACCAUUACACACUUAUCAAACCAGUUUUGUGUUUGUUAAAACUGUAGGUCAAGGAAAACUGCAUUGCAUAAUCAUGCUUUGGAGUGUGUGAUGUGGCCGACUGUGCGUGCGUUCAUCUGUAAGCCUGCACAUCUUAUUAGUAGUCCAGAUUCUAUCUGGGACUAUGUUAAACGUAAAUGUAUAGAUUUCAAAAAUGAAUGCAUAUGAUCCGUAAAUACUUGAACAGAAGAUAAUUGGCCUAGGGGCUGGAAGGUAUUGCUUUUUUUGUCUUUUACAUUUUCAUGACCGUAUUUUGUAGUUAAUUGUAUUGUAUGAAAUGUUC